AAUUAUACUCAUAUUCGUCCUCGACAUAAUACCUUAAAAAAUCAGUUCCCCGUGACAUCCCGAUUGAAACUUAAGACUCUGACGUCAGCGUAAAAUAAACCGUAGGUGGCGUUAACUCCAUUGCAUCGGGAUCCAACUGUAAUUACGGAUAGGGCAUAAUUGGGAAAAAGAAAUAAUAAAAAGUCAAGAAAUGAGAAAUAAAAACCAAAAAAGCAAAAAUUUUGCGGAGCUUUGUUAGUCAAGAGAAGCGAUCGAAAGUGGAUCAGGUUAAUUUGAAGCUUGCUGUUGGCACUUAGGAGUUUUCCAGAUGAAUAGGCAUGUAAGAUGGAAUGAGGAAAAUCUGGGGGAAAUUGAAGCAAAUAAACCUGUAAGGCUGAAAAUAACUGAACCCAAGACGCCAUACCACCCCAUGAUUGAUGAUGAUGGGUCGUUGUCUCCUGUAAGACGUAGUUUCAACGAUUGUAUCGGUGAUGCUAUGGAUGCAGAGGAAUUACGAUUUGCUUUAAAGGAUGUGGCUUCCUCGAGUAGAAAAACAACUGGGCCAUCUGGUGGCUGGACAUCUUCUGAGGAUGAGGCUGAGCCUAUGGAUAACAAAGAAGAAGAUCGGAGUGGUAUGAGUUUUAGGAAGCAAAGAAAAGCUCACUAUGAUGAGUUUUUGAAGGUAAAGGAACUGCGUCGUAAGGCCUCUUUCCUUGAGGACGAAGAUGAUGAUGUGGAGGGUGAUUCAUCUUCAUCAUUAAGCUCUGGUGUCAAAGACAUAGGCAUAGAAGACGGAACUGCAACUUUGCCUCGAAAGUCUUCUGCAUGUCCAGCUAAUGGAUUGUAGAAGUCAUUCAACUAGUCUGAAACCUAAAGGUGACUCUUUUGACAUCCUUUUGCGGUAGUUUGAUGGCAUUUUGGGGCAAAGAAAAUAGGUCUUUUUUUUUUUUUUUUUUUUUUUCCAUAUUUGAGUUCACUUGUACAUAAUUUUCCCUAAUUUGGCAUGGUUGUGUUGAGUCUUUCGCGCCUAUCUUUUGGUCUUCAACACAAGUAAAAUGCAAGGUUUUUGACAUUGGUUUGCACACUGAUUCAUAUGCUUCGUUGAGAUAUAUAUAUCUUCGCCACUAAACACCUUUCCUGGGUU